CACACAGCCCAUGGGCCUAAGUAGUGAGAUACAAGGCCAGUGCCGUACAUGAGCCUGGUUCAGAAGGCCCAAAAUAAAUAACACAAUGAACAAACAAUUGUUGUUUUAUAUUGGACGGUUAGGAUUUGAAGACUUAUGGAAAUGACCGCAGUAGAUCAGUCCUCCUCGUUCCCUUCUUCCGCUCCUUCAUCUAAACCCUAAAUCCCGCUAAUUUUUGUUUGCAGAUCUCGCUGAUUCUCGCCGAAAUACUACACUCUGGUGAGCUCAAUCGUGGCGGAGGGAAACCCUAGAUCGCCAAGAUGUCAAUGUCGAAGAGCUCGAAGAUGCUCCAGUACAUCAACUACCGGAUGCGGGUUACGAUUCAGGACGGCCGGCAGCUGGUCGGUAAGUUCAUGGCGUUCGACCGCCAUAUGAACCUCGUCCUCGGCGACUGCGAGGAGUUCCGCAAGCUCCCGCCGGCGAAGGGGAAGAAGAACAAUGAGGAGCGAGAGGACCGUCGCACUCUCGGUCUCGUCCUGCUCCGAGGCGAGGAAGUCGUGUCCAUGACCGUCGAAGGCCCCCCUCCUCCAGAAGAGUCGCGCGCUAAGUCGGUGGCUGCUAGUGCGAUUCCCGGUCCCGGAAUCGGUCGCGCGGCGGGGCGAGGAAUUCCGACGGCUCCUCUCAUCCAAGCCCAGCCUGGACUCGCCGGACCGGUUCGCGGAGUCGGUGGCCCUGCUCCUGGAAUGAUGCAACCGCAAAUCUCGCGUCCUCCCGUCCCCAACAUGUCUGCUCCGCCGAUGAGUUACCCAGCUCCGCAACCGGGUGGCCCGCCGGUUAUCCGGCCACCGGGGCAGAUGCCACCUAUGCAGUACCCGGGACAAGGGCCGCCGAUGGGCCGUGGUCCUCCGCCGCAGGGUCCGCCUCAGUUUGCUCCCAGGCCACCGCAGCAGGGGUUCCCUAUGCCUCCACAGUUUGCGCAGAGACCGAUGGGAAUGCCUCCACCACAGGGUCCGCCUAUGAUGAGAGGGCCUCCUCCUCCUCCAAGACCUGGAAUGCAAGCCCCACCGCCGCCGCGCCCUGGCAUGCCGCCUCCUCCUGGUGGUGUGUUUGGACCCCCACGACCUGGCAUGCCCCCGCCUCCACCUAAUCAGCAGCAACAAAAUCAACAGCAAUGAGGAGUAAGUUCGUCUGAAGUUAUUGUUCUUAUCAAUUUGGGAUAUUUCUUUCUCAUAUGAUACUGCUCUUUGAUUUUCAGUUGGUGUUCUGUCUUUGUGAAUGAAUUGAUCAUAUUACACAUGAGUGUUAGGCUUAGUAACGUGCUCCCAUAGUACACCAUAAGAACAUCAAAUCGAAUCCAUGCUGCGCCCUGUACAAUUGGUUGCCUCACUAUACUGAUUUUGAUUACUUAACAUGUGCUCUCAUACCCAUCUAUGAUAGAUUUCUGCAGACCUAGUUGUUGCCCGCAUAUCGGGAGCAUUAAAAUAGACAGUGUAUAGGAAUGUAUGGUUGAAACAGAACUUAAGCAAUCAACAUAAGUUCUUAAUCAGGGAUCGACUUGGUUGUUUUUUUUUUUUGUGCAUUCUUGUUAAUUCCUUUUGCGUCCGCCAGAAUUUUCUUUUACCUGUAGCAUAUGUAUAGUUAGCGUAAUCGUUCUCUGUUGGGGUCUUGUUGUAGCAGUAGCACCUGCUUAAGGACUACCAGAAUGUAGAUAUCUUUGCCUGGCUUGAGUAGGCAUACAGUGAUGCUGUUGGGUCCUGAUGUUUGGGUAUUAUGACUUACCUCGGAUGCAUUUUGUUCCUUGGUGAACAUGACAUUAUGGAUUACUUGCAUAGUGUUACCAAGAGGCAAGAACCCACAGUUUUUUUGUGUUUCGUUGCUUAGUAUGAAUGUGAGUAAUAAUAAGUGAACGAUUUUCAGCUUCUGCAUUGCUUUUGACAGUUAAAAUAUGUUGACAUGAAGCAGGAUCGUGUUUGUCAAGGAUGCUUUGGAAAAUCGGCAAGAGUGUAGAAGAGUGUCACUUCAGGCUCUCCGCGGAUUUUGGUGCCAUUUGAUGAUGAUGUUGCUGAGGGUCUCUGCUACUACUUAUUUGGAUGUUUGGUAGAGCUAUCAAAACUGUUCUGUGCAUCUUUGGUUGCGUAUUUUGUAAUGUGGAUUUCACAUCUUGUUAUAACAGUAGAGCUUGUUAAUGUGGAGCCUUAAAAGAUCUGCUGCUCGAGUAUGAAUGACCAACCUAAAUAUGUAGUGUCGACUGUCAGUUCUCCAGGCAAUUUUGUAAUACAUGGAAAGAACCGAACUACCUCGCUGCUAUUCGGAUUGCUUGGCAUGAAUUGAGUAAUGGUUUGGAAGUUCAUUCCUUAUUUUAGGUGCUUCUCGACCCUCAAGGAUCCUGAUGGCUUAUACUCCAGGUCUAUAUAGCCUAUAUAUGCUGAUGCGUUCCCCAAGUGCAGGUUAAAGACCUAAACGGUCACUAGCUUUUGGUGUAUAUUUUUUGUAAUUAAGUAGUAUUGUCGACUCGCUCAACUGUUAGAAAUGAAUGCGCACAAUGCAG